AUGCCAAAUAAGACUGCUUCCGUGGAUAACCAACAUCCUGCUCAAGAUACUCAUGUUAAAUUAAGAGGUGAUACCAUCGCAAUUAACAGUGAUUCAAAGACACCCGUUUUAAAAUUAAAACUUUUGGAAGUAUUAACGAAUGGAGAGUUUCAUUCUUUAGAGACUUUUGUUCAAGAACAACAAGGCAAUGAUACCUUUAAAGAAUUAUUACCAUUGUUAUUGAAUGCAGCUGUACAGGUUUCUCAAUUACCUUUGAUUCAAGAUAUAGUCAGUAAAUGGGUUAAUAAUCCAACUGCUCCAUUUCCAUUGAACAUUAAUGAAAAGGAUGAAGAUGGUAAUACUCCAUUGCAUUUGGCUGCAGCCCAAUCUAGAUCUGAUGUGAUCGAACUAUUACUAGACCAACCAACUAUAAAUGAAUGUGCUGUGAAUAACGCUCAAUUAUUACCAUUUGAAAUGUGUAAAAAUGUUAAUAUUGCUCAAAUGAUGCAGAUCAAAAGAGCAAACUACAUUUCAACUAUACAGAAACAAGCAUUUGAAGCAGCAAAAGCCAAUGAUUUUAAAACUCUAGAUACUCUAUAUAAGAAUCAUAGAAACUCAGAGUUUCUUCGUACGAAAUUCAUGACUAAGACACAUAUUGAAGGUGCCAAUGAUGAUGGUGAUAAUCUUUUACAUUAUUACAUUGAAAAGAAGAAUGUUAAGAUGUGUAAUUGGUUAUUAGAUCAUGGUGCUGAUCCAACUACUAAGAAUAAUAAAGGUCAAACCCCAAUUGACUUACUGUCUGAAAUAAUUAAAAAAAUUCCACAACAAGGUCAACCGAAUGCUGUUAAUUCGGGUUUAGUGGCUUUGAAUGAAAAAUUAACAAACGAAAAAUUGAUUCUUGCUGCAGCAAAUAAAUUAAAUGAACCUCCUACUUAUAAAGGGUUCUUAAAGAAAUUUACCAAUUUUGCUCAAGGUUACAAAUUACGUUGGUUCGUUUUGUCAGCUGAUGGUAAACUAUCUUAUUAUAAAGACCAAGCAUCGUCAUCUAAAUCCCAUGCUCGUGGUUCAUUGAACUUGAAAAGCUGUUACUUACAUUUAGAUUCUACAGAAAAAUUAAAAUUUGAACUUAUUGGUGGACAUGGUAAUACCACUAAAUGGCAACUAAAGGGUAACCAUCCUGUUGAGACAAAUAAUUGGGUCUGGGCCAUUCAAGGUGCCAUCAGGUAUGCUAGAGAUAAAGAAAUGUUGAAUAAAAAUAAUAAAUCAAGUAAUGUAUCUCCAGCAUUUGUUAUGAAUAGAAACGCGACUCAAACUACCUUUACAAGUAAUGCAACAACAAAUUCGAAAUCAACUCCAAUGCCAUUGACUCAUGGAUACACAGAUAGUCAAUUAAAAGAGAGUACCAAAGUACUAUCCCAUACAAGCGCAAAUCAUAAGUUUAGUACUGCGAACUCUAUUCAUUCUGCCGAUAUUGAAUUAAGCGACAAUUUGACAAAAUCUGGGAAGGACUAUGUUAAUAAAAUGAUCGAGACUCGUCUUGAAUCAACAUCACCCACAGAACAACUUUCUCCUAAACCACAAUCAUUAGAUCCAAUGAAAAACAAAGUGACAAUGAUGGAUGGUAUUCCAACCAAUAUGGAUACUGUUGUAAAUGAUACUGUGUCAGCAAGUUCAAAAAAAUCAGGUCAUGGUAGUGUAAAACAUACAUCUACUAAUAAUACCACAUAUUCUAGUUCUAAGAAAUACUAUACAGAUGGUGAAGAUGAUUCAGAGGACAACCAAGAUGAAGAUGGUAUUGCAGUAAAAUUUGAAAAGGAUGAAGAAUAUUUAAAAAUUGAAUACGGUCCAUAUAUUGAAAAGUUGAAUGUUUUCCAAAAGACUGUUGGCUUUGAAUUGGAUUCUAUUGAUGAAAUUCUAAGCAGUAAAGACUUCUUAGAACAGAAGAAUCCAGAAACUGUUGUCGUCGUAAGAAGAUCUUUAAAGAAAGUCUAUCAAUUAAUUAAUCAAAUGAAUAGACUAACAUCUCAAAGAGAUGAAAGAUUGAUCUCCAUGCUAACAAAACAAAGUGAUGAAAAUAACGUUUGGAUUCAAUCUGUUAGAGAUCUAGAGGUUGAAUUGGGCCAAAAGAGUGAAAGAUUAGCAUCUUUGGACAAAGAACGUAAGUCUUUAAAAAAGACUUUGCAUAAGAAAUUAAUUGAGAGUUCCGAACUAGAUUCACAAACACCUGAAUCAGAAUCUUCUUCAUUCUUAGCAGCCAAUUCUGCGGCUAAUAGGAGAUCCAGUAUAAUAAAGGCUGCUGGUAUUACUAAUGCUGGCGAUGACUCUACAGAUACUUUGGCUCAAAUUGCCAAAUUUAUUAGUGCUACUAGACAGGAAGAUGAAAACACUGAUGAUGAUGAAUUUUAUGAUGCGGAAGAGUUAAUGAAUGAAAUCGAUCAGUCUGCCGCUGAAGAGACUACUAAGACGUCUGAAAGUAUUUCUGCAAGCAAAAAUCAAGAAGAAACCUUAAACGAUGAAACUGUUUCAACAACAAUUAACGAACCUAUGGAUAUCCCAAAACUUGCUACCCCCUCAUCAAUACCUGAUAUCCCAAAUAUUGCUAUUAAUGGUGCUGAGGUUACGGAGGCUAAUACUAAUGACAAAAUGAAAGAUCUAAAGGAGGUUAAAAAGACUGAAUCUUCUGCUGCAAAGCUUGCUAGAACUGUUUCUCUUGCUGUUUCAGAUAUUGCCAAGACUACAUCUCAGCAAGAAAGGGCCAAUAAUAUUUCUUCUGAGAAGACAUACAAGGGCUACGAGGAUGGAAUAAGAAAGAGAUUAAAGUUGGAUGAAGACGAUAGACCAAAGAUUAGUUUGUGGGCUGUUUUGAAAUCCAUGGUUGGUAAAGAUAUGACUAGAAUGACGUUACCCGUAAGUUUCAAUGAACCAACAUCAUUAUUACAAAGAGUCGCUGAAGAUUUAGAAUAUUCAGAACUAUUAGAUCAAGCAGCAUCUUUUGAGGAUUCAACUUUAAGAUGUUUAUACACUGCUAUUUUCACCGCAUCAUGUUAUGCAUCUACAACUAAGAGAGUUGCUAAACCAUUUAAUCCAUUAUUAGGUGAAACUUAUGAAUAUGCUAGACCAGACAAACAUUUUAGAUUCUUUACAGAACAAGUUUCCCAUCAUCCUCCAAUUUCUGCCACAUGGACAGAAUCUCCAAAAUGGGACUUCUGGGGAGAAUCUCAUGUGGAGACUAAAUUCAAUGGUAGAUCCUUUGGUGUUCAACAUUUAGGUCUAUGGCAUAUAAAGAUACGUCCAGAUUGUGAUGGUCCAGAAGAUUUUUAUACCUAUAAAAAGCCUGAUAAUACUGUUAUUGGUAUCUUGGUUGGUAAUCCACAAGUUGAUAACCAUGGGGAAGUACGUAUUACUAAUCACGUUACAGGUGAUACAUGUGUCUUAAACUUUAAAGCUCGUGGAUGGAGAUCAUCAGGUGCCUUUGAAGUUACUGGUGAAGUUUUCAAUAAGAAGAAAGAGAAAGUUUGGGUUUUGGGUGGUCAUUGGAAUGAUUCGAUUUAUGCUAAGAAAGUUACCAAGGGUAAGAACGGUGCUAAUUUAACAUUGGAGAAGACGAAGACUAAUAGUUCCCGUGUUACAAAUGGACCAAAUUAUGAAGGCAAUAAGUUUUUAGUUUGGAAAGUAGCUCCAAGACCAGAUGCACCAUUCCAUUUAACUCCAUUUGCAAUUACACUUAAUGCACCACAACCUAAAUUAGUUCCAUGGUUAGCACCAACAGAUACACGUUUAAGACCUGAUCAAAGAGCUAUGGAAGAUGGUGAGUAUGAUAGAGCUGCAGAAGAAAAGCAUAGGUUAGAAGAAAAACAAAGAGCGGUUAGAAAAGAAAGAGAGACUAAGAAUGAAACUUACUCACCAAAAUGGUUCACCAAGGAUACACAUCCAAUUACAAAACGGAUGUAUUGGAAGUCUACUGGAAAAUACUGGGAUACUAGAAAGGACAAGAACUUAAAGGAUGUUAGUUACGAUAUUUUCUGA